AUGGUCCCUUCGCCGGCUCCUCACGAGAGGAGCUCAUUUGCUAGCGACCGCCCUGCACCCACAGCAGUAACAACUUCUACAUCGCCACCGGCACAGAGAAACGCGGUGCCCUCACAGCCGAGGAGUCAACAUACAGGCGCAACAGCCGCGAGCCAGUCGCCCAACCGUGGCAGCCCCAAGUCUGACCAUGCUGCUGCAAACAAAUUAUCACCCAACGCAUCUCGAAAUGAUGCCGGACACCCCAAGAUCGUCGUCAAAAAGGAACCAGUGUCGCCCAGUCUGCCCGCUUCAAGGCCCCGACCCAGACGUCUAGAUUUGUCCAAGAACACACUCGCUGGAUCGAACCCUUCCUCAGCCUACCCGCUGACCGCGCGCGGCGAUGGGCUGGGCAUCCAAGAGGUCGGCAUCGCAUGCCUUUCUCCUGGAUUCAUGACUCAAGAUCCCGCAAUGAAGGAACAGCUUCAGCGAAGUAUGAGCGUGCGAGAGCAGCAGCGAAUUCUCAUCGAGGCCAGGCUACAGCAGCAACAGUCAGCCAAGGGAGAUGGGCCAUCCGACAAGGACAAGGAACCAAACUUUGCCGCCAAGACACCAGGCAUGUCUCGCAGGAAUAAGGCUCCCCCGGGGCUUUCCAUCGUUGCACCUUCACAUCAGCAAUUCGCAAACGAAAGAGUGAUUCAGUCUGCCCCGCUUGGCCGCAGUUUCACCGGACAGCACAUGCCCCCAUCAAGAAACGUACAUAACCAGGCUUCCAACCUUUCUCACAUUCAUCACGUGCAUGCCAACCAGACUGCCAACCGUCUGCCACCUAUUAGCGAUGUCUUUGGCCAGAAUCUCUCAGCGCAUCCCGAGAAUGGGCCACAUACCUCUGCCCUCUAUCCUAGCCACGCGGCUUCACGGCCCCAGCUGUCCCCUGGCCUUCCGCCGGCUCACCAGGCGCCCAUGUCUGGCCGUAUGAGAGAGUACAAAUCUGCAGAGGAGGCCCAAAAUGAAUUGGCCGGUGGACGAGCAGAGCUUCUGCCCAGACUUGUCCACUACGGCGGCCAUCAGCCCCCUACUCCUCCUUCACCCGUUGGUGCCGGCAACCGCAUCCCAGAGGCUGCCCAGGGCGCCAGCAGAAGGCGAACACGCGCCGAGUAUGAGGAUGGCAGCAGCCCACCACUGGGCUAUGGCCCUCCUCCUACCCGACGUGGCCCCUUUGGCGCCGGCCGUGACAGCCCAGAGACACAGCGAGCGAAGAAGGAAGAAUUUAUGCAGUUAUGCGCCAGAGCUUGGGAUCUGUUUCACUCCUAA